AUGUUCAAGCUUCUCGAAGAUCCGGUAUUCACUCAGCUGCGGACUGUUGAACAAUUAGGGUACACGGCUGAAAUUGUGAAAAGGCAGAAUGCAGGGACGAAUGCUCUACAGCUUCGUGUGCAAGGUACUCACAGUCCAGAUCACGUUCACGGAAGAAUAGAGGCAUUCCUCGAGAAGAUGGAAGUGAGUUUUGUUACUACCAAUGGUUGUUAUUGCCGAACCUUGGAAGUUGCUCACAUGGAAGACAGAAUCGGUACACUACGGUAG